ACCGUAAUAGUCGGAUAGCUGAGUUUUAAAUUAUAAAUUAGUUUUUCGUUCAUUUAAUUGAAGUUUAGAAUAUUUUUGUGAGUUUAAAAAUUAACUAGUGACCAUUGUUCUUCGAUUAAACUUUAAAGAUAUGUUUAAAAGUAAUAUAUUAGUUUUGGUGUUUUUAAGCACGCACUACGCUUACAUAACUGCUGUUCAAGACACAAGUGUAAAAGACGACGAUUAUUUCGACAUGAUAGUCUUGUCACAAAAAUGGCCGAUCACGUACUGCAAGUAUUGGAUGCAACAACGAAGGUCCAACCGCUGUGUGUUCCCCACAUCGUACGGUCGAUGGACCCUACAUGGAAUAUGGCCAUGGCGGAAGAAAGAUGAUACCUUCCCAGAAUACUGCGAUAAAUCAUGGAGGUUUGACGAAAACGAAAUCCGGGACAUAAAACCUGAACUGAAACAGGCGUGGAUGAAUAUAUUUGAAGGUACAAUGCCCAACAGUUUAUGGGAGCACGAAUGGAACAGACAUGGCACCUGCGCCAGCGUCAUGGAACCUUUCAGCACACAGUUCAGAUACUUCAAAAAGGGCGUGGAGUGGAACCUUAAAUACUGGAUCAAGGGCAUGUUAGAAGACGCCCAAGUCUUCCCGUCCGAUGUCAAAAAGUACAGUCCGCAUGCAUUCGUUCGUGCCGUAGAAGGCAGAACGGGAAAGCAACCAUUUAUAGUCUGUCAAAAAUUAAAAAAUCACAUCUCGUAUAUUAAAGAAAUCCGUUUGUGUUUUGAUACACACUAUAUCUUUAUCGAUUGUAACACUGUUAUUGAUGAUAUGAGCUGUGACGAAGAUGUUAUUUAUCCUGCCACUGUAUAAUAUCUAGCAUGUUCAAAUCAUUCCAAUCUAGGCAACUUAAUUUCUUCAAUUUAAUACACUUUUGACUUUAUUAUCUUGUAAUAAAGUUAAAAAUCGUUGAUAUUGAUUA